AUGCAAAAAUAUUGUGUAAAGCGAAAAAGUGAAAGAUUAAGUCUUUAUGCUUUAAUUAUACAAGAAAAACGAGUGGUUUUAUACGGUCUUCGCGGAGUUGACAACAACAAAAUACAUCCGCUUCGGUGGAAAGUAGGUAGAUUUGAAAGACCCUAUUUGAAAGACAUUGAAAGUAAGGGAAUGAGAAAUAAGGUACCUUUCUUUGAGACUGCACUAGGUUAA